AUCGAUAUCGGAAAAGCGGCAUAUGGGCGUUGAGAACGAUGCGAACAAUACAAUGCUUUUCCAAAAAAUUAAGCAUAAUCGCCAAAUGAGUGCUCCUAUUUUGCAUCAUUUUGUCCCGUUCGUCAGUCCAGCACGGCAGUCGCUUGCUAUGUCGUCUUCACGGAGCGCCACAUCACUUCGGGAGAAGUGUCGCCGACGAAGCUUAGCAUUGCUUCGAUCUUCUGAUGAAAAAACUGUCACUGAAAGAUGUUUGUAUUGGUCUUUAUCAAUAGCUAUUCCAGCAUCUCCCAAUCGUCGUUCAUUAAGCCUCGAAAGCAUGGAGACGCGCCGAUCACCAGCGCUGGCAGCUGCAUCAGCUCAUUCUACUGGACCAACUAUCCGAGAUGUUCGGGUGGAACAAAUGGCAAGGCGAGGCCAUCCGAACACUCUCAAGCGAGCUCAAAAAUCUCGAUUCAGUGGUCAUGCGAAACCGUCCAUUUCCGAUGUGGAAGAUCAAACAUCUGCAGAGAAAAAUCGGGAUGAGUCUUAUGCGUCGUUACCUCGAGAAGUUUCUACUGCUUCCAAGGAAAAACAACAGCGAAGGAAAUCAAUUGGAAAUAGCAUAUUUUCAAAGAUUACCCAGAGACUUGGUGGCUCGAGAUCGCGUGAUACAUCUCCAGAAAAGUCGGUAUCAUUCGACAUUGCUGAAAAUAACUCUUUCAUCACGAAGACUAAUAGGACGCAAGAUUAUCGAAAGUUGAAUAAAGAAAGCAAAAGUAAUCAAUCGAUUCGCAGGGCACCACCACCAUACAAACCAUCAUCCUGUGAAAUUUUGCAGUCGGCGGAUUCUGACUACUAUAUGAACGAACAAGGUGCACCCGAAAAUUUGCAGUAUAAUUGGAGGGGACAAUACCAAGAAGCAGUUUGCAACAACGAAUGCAAUAACGGAAAAGGAAGAAACUCAUGUAUCAAUCCCCAAGCAAGAAUCGGAUAUGGUAAUGAUCAGUUCCGUCAACAACAACAACAGCAAUAUGCAAUCUACCCGCAACACUUUUAUACAGGACGACGCGAGCAACAGCAACAACGCAUGGCGUAUUACACGGGAUGCAGUACCGACUACUACGAUAUCUUCAAUGCCUGGUUUGCAUACAGCGCAGCAGCCGCAUGCGGAAAUAUACCUAUCGUCACAAAAGGAAGAAAUGAAUAUCCGUCCCACCAUACUUACUUUUCCACAGCAGCAGAAACAGUAUCAUCUAAUAGAGCAGCGAUACGACAAAUUCAUCAUGAAAGAUUCCGAUCGUGUCCAACUCAGUUUGUCUCAUCAGGAGUGCGAACGAGACAGAAUAUCGAAAGGGUUAAUCCCUACUACGCAACCGGCUAUACCUCCCAUUCCAGUCGUAUUUCCGACUUCUAG